AUGUCUGGCUGGGGUAAUGAUACUGCCCCCGAGCAGCCUGCUGCUGCAGGCUGGGGCAAUGGCGCAGACACUCGCAGUGGUGACAACGGUGACGGUUUGGGCGCUUCUGAGGAGAAGCCCGCUCCUCCCCCGCUGCCUUGGGAGCACAGAGAAGCUCCUAAGAGUGAUUGGGUCAAGAAGACCGCCUACAAUUAUGCCAAUUACAACGAUGACGGCGCUGGUGCUCCUGAUGUUACCGUCACUACCGUUGACUGGGAGAGCAAUGCCCAGGUGUAUCACUAUGACGGCGAAGAGGGCGAUGUUGGUCCUGUCCACACUCAGCUAGAGACCAUCCUCUUCGGCAACGAGGAUGAGCGUGAUCCCACCGGUAUCGACUUCACGAAGAUCUCAAUCAUUGAUGUCUUGCAGGAGGGACUCACACGCAUCAACCCAAUCAACUCAUUUGAUACAGCCGGUCUCCACCCAAUCAUGCUGCGCAAUGUCCAACUCUGCGGAUACCAAACUCCGACCCCCAUCCAGCGAUACUGCAUUCCUGCCGUCAAGAUGGGCCAUGACAUUAUCGCCAUCGCUCAGACCGGCUCGGGCAAGACGGCUGCCUACCUCAUUCCCAUCUUGAACCAGCUGAUGGGCAAAGCGAAGAAAUUGGCCGCCCCUCGACCGAACCCCGUUGCCGUUGAGAGCGGCGCAGCACCCCCGGUGACUGCUGAGCCCUUGGUGGUCAUUGUCUGUCCUGCUCGAGAGCUAGCAGUUCAGAUCUUCAACGAGGCGCGCAAGUUCUGCUACAGAACCAUGUUGCGACCUACUGUUAUCUACGGUGGUAGUCCCAUCAGAGAGCAGAUCGGCCAGCUCCAGAAAGGUUGCGACGUCCUAGUUGCUACGCCUGGUCGCCUUAUCGACAUGAUGGAACGACCCCACGUCCUCAGCCUGAGACGUGUCAGGUACAUGGUCAUCGACGAGGCUGAUGAGAUGCUUCACUCCGACUGGGAAGAGGAGUUCAACAAGAUCCUAUCCGGUGGUGAGCAGGAAGAGGGCAAUAUCAAGUAUAUGCUCUUCUCAGCCACAUUCCCUACACAAGUCCGCAAGCUUGCGAAAGACCACCUCGCGAACACCCAUGUCCGCAUUCGUGUUGGCCGCAUUGGCAGCACCCAUGUCAACAUCGAGCAGAAAGUCAUUUGGGUUGACCCUUUCAUGAAGAAGACUGCUCUUCUAGACCUCCUGUACGACCUUGAACCGGGCCGCAGCAUCAUCUUCGUCAACAACAAGCGAGUCGCUGACGAGUUGGAUGACUUCUUGUUCAACAAGGACCUGCCCUGCACCUCCAUGCAUUCUGACCGAACUCAGCGAGAGCGCGAGGAUUCGAUGCGCGCUUUCCGCAGUGGCACCACCCCUAUUUUGAUCACCACGGGCGUUUCUGCUCGUGGAAUUGAUGUCAAGAAUGUGAAGCAUGUCAUCAACUAUGACCUUCCCAGAAUGGACCACGGUGGCAUCACCGAAUACACUCAUCGCAUUGGUCGAACUGCUCGCAUUGGUCACCGCGGUAAAGCCUUUUCGUUCUACAACGAACAUGACGAGGCUAUCGCGGAGGUUCUCACCAAGACGCUGCUUGAAACAAACCAAGAUAUCCCGGACUUCUUGCAGAAGUUUGUUCCUGAGGGUGAAGACCGUGAGCACUUGAAGUUUGAGCCUGGCUCCGACGAGGAGAGCGAGGCUGGCGAUGCUGGCGGCGCCGGUGGCUGGGGAGGAGACUUGGCCACUGAUGGUGGUGGCUGGAACACUGGUGGUGACUCCAAGCCCGCUGUCGCUGACGAUUCUGGUGAAUGGGGUGGAGCUGGUGCCAAUCCUUCUGCUGGUGCCUCUGGUAACGACACCUGGGGCGGCGGCGGCGGCUUCGGCGGUGGCGAAAACUCAGCCUGGUAG